GGCUGCAUCAGCGGCGAUGUGACGUCACAACGAUCUCUGCCAUUCCCGUGAGCGCGGGCACGCCGCGCGCCGCAGUUCGCUCACGAAGCUUCUUUUAACGGAAAUAAACUAUGUUUUAAUUUAUGAAUUUGACUAAAUGUAUUGUAUAUAUAUUUGUAGAGCUGUUAGGAGUUGUGUGAACAUAGAUACCGCGUCUCGCUCGUGACUGACGGUAAGUUUGACCGCGUUAAUCGGUCCGUCAGAUGGAGUUGUUCUGUCACGAGCAUGUCGAACCGGACUCGAGCUCCAAACCGGUUCGCGCGUUCAGAGACGCGGUUCUGACCCGAGACUCGCGCGUCUGUCGGAACCUGCUGAGCUCGGAGAGACCGAGCUUCAAACCCGGUACCGAACCGACCGACGAGCAGCGCUACGUUCGCCCAAUCCUAACGGGAUGGAUGCUGCAGGUGUGUGAGGAUCAGAAGUGUGAGGAGGAGGUGUUUCCUCUAGCCGUCCAUUACCUGGACAGGUACAUGUCCCAGAAUGCCGUGCACAGGUGCCGUCUGCAGCUGCUGGGGUGCGUCUGCAUGUUCCUGGCCUCCAAACUCAGGGAAUCGGUUCCUCUGAGCGCCGCCAAGCUGUGCGUCUACACGGACCACGCCGUCUCCGUCCCAGAGAUCCUGCAGUGGGAGGUGAUGCUGGUGUCUCGUCUGGACUGGGAUCUGGCCGUGGUUCUGCCGUCUGACUUCCUGGAGCCGCUGCUGCAGACGCUGCCUCUGAGCGCCGAGGACUCGGCUUCGGUCCGGAGACACGCGCUCUCCUACAUCGCUCUGAGCUCCACAGAGCUGAAGUUCUCAGGCCUGGCUCCGUCUGCGGUGGCCUGCUCGUGUGUGACGGCGGCGGUGGUCAGACUGGACGUCCUGAAGACCCAGUACAGCACAGACGGCCUGCUGCAGCUGCUGAGGGACGUCCUGGACACAGACAUGGUGUCUCUGCGCUCCUGUCUCUCGUCUCUGGAGGACACCAUCCGUCAGAUGCUCCCGUCUCCAUCCGAGCAGCACCUCACGCUCUGACAGAGCCAUGGCUUCUAGUGUUCUCCCUCUUCUUGUUGA